GUUAUCUUUAUAGAUACGUUUUUAGUGUCAUUAAUUAAAAAAAUAUAUUGUUAAACAUAAUAUUAAAGAGUAGCAAUUAUUUUUGAAAUAUUUACAUCAAGCAACAAAGAAAUGACUACUUUGAACACAUCAAAGAGAAUGGACAGAUCUAUGAUAUCUGAGAAGAGUGUGGCAGGGUUUCGUGUUGGUAAAAAUAAUGAAAAAAAUAUAGAACAAUGGUAGUUUAUCCCAAAGGAUGUAAACAUUUUACAGCUUGCUUGCACUUCAGGAAAUUGGUUUUGCUUAUCAACUUCUGGAUGGCUUUUUUCAUGGGGAUCUAAAACAGAAUGCUUGGGAAGAAAACUAAAUGCAGAUGAUGCUAGAAAUCCAACAAGGAUUAACAUUUAAAAUACUUUGAUUGUAGCUAUUGCGACAGGAAGAAACCAUGUUUUAGCUUUGAAUGAGAGAGGAGAAGUAUAUACUUGGGGUAAAAACGAUUUUGGUCAAUUAGGUCAUGGAAACAAAUUACCAGUAGAUGAACCGAAGUAGGUUUUAUCAAUUCAAAAAGAUUAGAUUGUCUAAAUAUAUGCAGGUGAUGAAUGCUCAUUCGCUGUAAAUAAGAGAGGUUUGGUUUAUGCAUGGGGAUAAAAUUCUAAUAGGCAGGUUUCUGAUAAAGAAACGGAAUAUGAAGAUACUCCUAAUCCAUUAGUUUAAUGUCCAUGGGAUAAUACUUUGUCAACUAGAAUAGUUUAUGGCAGAGACAAUGCCUCAUAUAUUUACCAUGUUUAGUUCAAUCUUUUUAAUGAUAAAUACCAAUAAAAAUCAUAAAAUAACCUAAUUGCGCCAAGUAGUUAGAGCAAUAUUUUAGACUUAGGAGGUAUUGGAGGUGGAGGAGGAGGUAUGAGUUAGCUUCAUGGAGGAGUUUCAAACUUGACUGCUCCAUAGCUCUACAGCUAUUCAUAAACUAUUAAAAAAAUGGAUUAUUAAAUUAAGGAUUUAUAAAAAACAUGCGAAGAGUAUAAACAAAAACUCAAAUAAAAAGGUCACAUAUUUGGUGAUGAAAAAGCAAGUGAAGAUCAAGAAUCUAACUAGAAAUAAGGAGUAGGAGGAGAUUAGAAAAAUGAUUAAAUUCUAAUUGAUAUCACUAUCAAUUUAAAUGAAUUGGCAAGGGAAAGAUAAGACUUGGAAACUAAAAUUAAGACCAUCAAUAUGGAAAAAGACAGCUUAGAAAAGGAAAUACAAGUUUAUAAGAAAGAAGAAGAAUAGCUUUAGAAAAAAGAAGAGGAGUUUAUUCAGAAUAAAAAGAAUUAUGAAUUUUAAAUUAGGGAAAUAUUGAAGAGCAAAAACUAAACUGCAAAUUAAACUCAGAGAUUAACUGAACUAUAGAGGAAUUUAAUGACAACCAAAGAAAUAUUAUAGAGUAAUGAUGACUUAAAAAAUAAAGCUAUUAUGAAGCAAAAUAAUAGCGAAGAAGCUAAAAACAAAGCUAAAUCUAGCUUAAGUGAACUUGAAAGAAGAAGAGAAGAAAUCGUGAAAAAAGAAAAUAUGUUUACUACAAUUAGAGAAGAGAGAAAGAAGUAUCUUAAAUCAGCAAUAUUUGAUGAAAAAAAAGUAGAUUUAGAAAAAUGGAUUAUUAUUAUACACUCUCAGCUAAAGCAGCUGAAAGAAACCGGAAUCAAAGAAAUUUGCAGAAAAUAAUUUGAGUAAAAUAAAUUUAAAGAUGAAAAAGGGCAGAAAGAUUAGCAAGGUGUUUUAGAUACUAAGCAGAGAUAAGUUGAGUUAAGUUUUACUGGUAUUGAUGAUUUAGCUAAGAAAAGUAAUUCUAGUAUUGAAAAAAUCUAAAAAGGACUAAAAGAAAUUAAGCUUAAUCCGAAUGAUCCUUCUUCUGAUAUCAUAAGUAAAGUUGUUGAAAUAAUAGAUGAUAAUAUAAUAUGCAGAAAAUAGAUAAAUGACUUAACUGUUGGCCUGCUAAUUUAAACUAGUACGAGAAACUAACAAUUUUAGUUAAGUUUAAUGAAGCAGGAAGCAGAGUUUGAUGAAGACUCAAAUUCUUAAGCUCAAGAAGAAGAGGAUGAAGACUACAUCAGAAGAUAAAUUUUAAAGAAAUAUGAUAAGAUCAAAGAGAGAUAAUAAAAUGAAUAUGAAUUACUUAGAGAGUAUGUCCAAAACUAAAAGUUAGGAAGAGAAAUGCAUGAUCCUUUAUAUGGUGAAGAUAGAUAUAAAAAAUAACAAAAAGUAAAUAAAGACGCAAAUAAAUAGAAAAGUGGAACUGGUCUUUUCUUUUUCUGAUUUAAAGUAUAUCAAAAUAUAUCUAAGUGCUAACUGCUUAAUUUUAUUUUUUGUUUGUUUUUUAUUUUUAAAUCAGUAAAUAAAUUUUAUUUUAUAAAACAAAAUUAAUAUUUCCUUUUUGAAUACAAACAUAAAAUUAAUUGCUUUUUGAUGAAUUAAAAAAUUUGAAAGUUAUG